UUUUUUAACCUCGAUUAAUUUUUUAAGUAGGUGUUAUUGUGAUAAUUUUAAAAAAAUUUAUGUAACAAUCCAGUCUGUAGCUAUUCUGCUCUGAUCUAAUAUGGACUGCGUAGAUGAAUAUUCUCAUAGCAGUCCUCAAGUAAUAUAUUUUUCAAAGAGCAUACCGACCAAAGAAGUGGAAAAGAAAAUCGAGUAUAGCAAUGUUUUUUGUCAGUGUGUUGGUUCCUGCGAUCAAAAUGCGAAUUGUGCCUGUAUGAAGCAAAGUGGAACCCGUUAUUCUUAUACAGACCGGACAGAACUGGAAAAUUACGUUCUUAUUUAUAAGAACAUUAACAGACCAACUUACGAGUGCAAUGAGCAAUGUCAGUGUAAAAAUACGCUUUGUGGGAACAAACUGAUUCAGUGUGGACCUCGAACAGGGUUAAUUGUUAAAAUUUGCGACGAUUCGCGAAAGGGUUUAGGAGUUUUUACCGAAAAAUUAGUAAAAUGCGGAAAUUUUAUAUGCGAAUAUGCUGGAGAGAUUAUAUCAGAGGUUGAAGCUUCUAUGCGGUUUAAAAUCAACGCCCGAGUUCAACGUAUGAACUAUAUUUUCUGCGUAGACGAAUAUUUUGGCGAUAAAAACAUUAAAACUUUUAUCGACCCAACUUUCUAUGGAAAUAUCGGAAGAUAUCUGAACCACAGCUGUGAUCCUAAUUGCUCAAUGGUUAUAACCAGAAUCAACGACAAUAUUCCUGUCGUAGCUUUAUUUGCUUGUAGAGAUAUUAUUGAAGGUGAAGAGCUCAGUUAUGAUUACGGAAUAACCGAUUUAAGUAGUGAAAUUGAAGAUCCCGAAACAAGCAGAACAAAGUGUUUAUGUGGUAGUGUUAAUUGUAAAGGAUUCCUACCUUAUGAUACUAGAAUUAUGUAAUUUCUGUUAGUGUUUUAUGUAGUAAUAGGAAAGGUUGUAGUGUUUUACAGCAAAAUAUUUGUUUUU